AUGUUAACAGCCCCACCCAUAGCAGAAGACGAUUAUUUAUGUGAGACGACAGUGGAGCAGCAAAAUGUCCUGGAUACCAUCAAAGACAUCUACGAAAAGUUGCUCAAUGAAAGCAACCGAGAUGAAGUGUUCAACAAUGAGAUCAAUGUCGACCUUCACUUGAAGUACGUGGAGCUGUACUUGGACGAGCCGUUGCCUGAUCCUUACUACGUGCUAGAUGCUUCACAACUGUGGGUGAUCUACUGGCUUACAAAUGCACAUGUUACUCUUAGUGGAGAGGAUCUUCUGGACGAUUUGAAACAGUUAGUUUCGCAAAAGGUCAAUUCGUUAGUGAUCGAUGAAGGCAGAGGUGGCAUUGCUGGUGGACCCAACAUGCAUAUGGGCCAUAUGGCGUCAACCUAUGUGCUUUUGCUUCUGCUCGUGCUAGUAGAAGAUUUUGCAAGUGUGGAUAGAAUUAAGGACAAUUUGCAGGGUUGGCUUCUUUCAUUGAAGAAUGACGAUGGCUCUUUUGCAAUGCACAAAGGAGGCGAAAGUGAUACUCGUUCUACCUACUGUGCUCUUGUUAUAAGCUCACUUUUCAAUAUGGACACCACUGAGCUUUGGGCUGGAACCCGUCAAUGGCUCUCGUCGUGUCAAACAUAUGAGGGGGGCUUUUCUGGGGUUCCAGAUACGGAGGCACAUGGUGGAUACACUUAUUGCGCCGUCGCUGCAUUCUAUUUGAUGGGCCAUCAAGAAGGUGACUUCAAUGAAGCCCUGUUACUACGUUGGCUUGCUGACAGACAAUUGAGUUUGGAAGGUGGGUUUUCCGGAAGAAGCAACAAACUUGUGGAUGCUUGUUACAGUUACUGGGUCGGCGGUGCAUUUGCUUUGCUUGAGUCUUCGAUUGGAACAGAUGUGUUUAAUAAGGAAGCCCUCAUCAGCUACAUUUCCAAUUGCUGCCAAGAUCUCAAGCGUGGUGGGUUGAAAGACAAACCCGGCAAAUCACCAGACUUUUAUCACACCAACUACGCUCUUUGUGGCUUAAGCAUGGCAGAGUACCGCUUCAAAAAUGAUAAAGGAGAUGCCUACUCUUUUCUGGCUGAAGAGAGAGUCGCAGGCUCGAGCUACACCAUUCCAGUGAACCCAGCUUUUGGGGUACCAGUUCGCUCCAUCGAUAAAGCAUACAAGCAUUUUCAUAGAAUAUAA